ACUAAACGUGACUCGGUAUUUUCAGUGACGGAAUAAGUAUACACAUAAAAAUUAAAUUGCAGCACAGUACCCACCCCGCGACUGCAACGCACAUUUAUAUUUGUUAAUAAAAGUACUGAGAGCCGAGAAACCAGGAUCGGUGUGUGCGCGGAAACCAUUUAGCAGGGACACCAGCGAAGCAGAAGAACAGCCCACUACUGCCAAUGAACACACUGAGCCCCAGCACGAACGGAGGCGGGAGUGGGGGAGGAGUCCCCGGGACCAACAGCUCCGGCACAAAUGCGACAGCUGUCGGUAGCUCAGGAGGUGGAGCGGUUGGCGACGAGGCUGGCGAUGCUAGCUCACGGCGCCAGGCGACGCGGGUCUUUAAAAAGAGCUCCUCCAACGGAAAGAUCACCGUAUAUCUUGGCAAACGGGACUUCGUGGAUCAUGUCACACAUGUGGAUCCCAUCGACGGAGUUGUAUUUAUCGACCCCGAAUACGUUAAGGAGCGCAAGGUGUUUGGCCAGGUGUUGGCCGCCUUUCGAUACGGACGCGAGGAUCUAGAUGUCCUGGGACUGACGUUUCGCAAGGACCUGUAUCUGGCGCAUGAGCAGAUCUACCCUCCCAUGCAGCUGGAGCGUCCAAUGACUCGACUGCAGGAGCGGCUGAUCAAAAAACUGGGACCCAAUGCUCAUCCAUUUUACUUUGAGGUGCCGCCCUAUUGCCCUGCCUCCGUGUCCUUGCAGCCAGCUCCCGGAGAUGUAGGCAAGUCCUGCGGAGUGGAUUACGAGCUAAAGGCCUUUGUGGGUGAAAACGUUGAGGACAAGCCCCACAAGCGAAACUCUGUACGUCUAACCAUUCGCAAGGUUAUGUACGCUCCCUCUAAAGCUGGGGAGCAGCCAUCGAUCGAAGUCAGUAAGGAGUUUAUGAUGAAGCCGAACAAAAUCCAUCUGGAAGCUAGUUUGGACAAAGAACUGUACCACCACGGCGAGAAAAUUUCGGUAAACGUCCAUGUGGCUAAUAACUCAAAUCGCACGGUCAAGAAGAUCAAGGUCUGUGUGCGGCAGUUUGCGGAUAUUUGUCUGUUCUCAACGGCCCAAUACAAGUCUGUGGUUGCGGAGAUCGAGUCGGAGGACGGGUGCCAAGUGGCGCCGGGAUUUACCCUGUCGAAGGUGUUCGAGUUGUGCCCCCUUCUGGCGAAUAAUAAGGAUAAAUGGGGUUUGGCUUUGGAUGGGCAGCUCAAACAUGAGGAUACCAAUUUAGCGUCUAGCACACUUAUUACCAAUCCUGCCCAGCGAGAAAGUCUUGGCAUUAUGGUUCACUAUAAAGUUAAAGUAAAAUUGCUGAUAAGCUCGCCGCUGUUGAACGGUGAUCUUGUGGCAGAGCUGCCGUUUACGCUAAUGCACCCCAAACCUGAGGAGGAGGAGCAUCCACUGUUGGGCGAGCGGUCGCCGCGGGCUAGCUUGGCUGGCGGUGGUCAACCGCUUGUAAGCUUGGCUGAUGGCGGAGAUACAGGAUCCGCCACUGGGGGUCAAGACGUUCCGACCACCACUAAUCUUAUCGAGCUAGACGACGACGAGGCUCAGGAUGAUGACAUCAUUUUUGAGGAUUUUGCCCGCCUGCGUCUAAAAGGCGCUGAGACAGAAGCCUAAACUAAAAAGAAACCGUUGUUUUUGGAUCGAAAUUUUGAAUGUCCAUGUGCAGGUAACAAUCUGCAUUUGUAUUAUAUGAAAUCAUAGAAAGUAUUCUGCGCAGCCGCUAAAUGUAAAGUUUUAUACCAAUAUCCACGGUAAAUAGUUUGGACUAAGCUAUUUGAUAUGUGUAGGCCAUACAUUCUAGUAUCUAUAGGGUUUAAGCUGAAAAUGUGCGAAUUUUAAAAUUGUGAAAUUGUUUAACAAAUCAAAAAAUCAAAUCUCCACAGAACACACAUGUACAAGCAAACUAUUUGCGACAUGAAGUUUGGCCACAUCUGCAACAGUUUAAAGAAUGCAAAACAAUUUAAUUUAUUUAAAUUAAAAAUUAAAAUGCACAAAUUUAUGUCAUAAAUAGCACAACAAAAUCUUUGGUUGAUGAUAUAUUCAAUAUUUUGAAAGCUUUAAUUGCAACCAAUUUUAGUUUUUGUGUUUUUUGCUUUCGAUAUGUUUUGUUGAUUACAACGGGAUAAUAAACAAAAUACCCGAUACAACAUAUAUAGAGUAAUUGAUGUAUUUAAAAAUAUUAGAAGGAAACAACAACUAUUUUGUUAUUAACGGCAACCGUUCCUGUAUAAUUUUUAAAAAGACUUUCUCUUUAUGUAAAGAAUUGAAAGUGAAAAAUUGGUGUCACAGACACGCAGGCCACUAAGUUCUUCGAAAUGUUUUACGGAAUUAUGCAUUUUACAUUUAAAAGUGAUCAUUCUUAUAAUUAUAUACCCACCCAAUAAAAAACCAAAAUAAAACAGCCAGAAAAGAAGCGCAUGCUUUACAUACCUUUGCAAAUUUAUGAACAUACUACUUUCGUCAUAGGCUUACUGUAUGGUACUCUUCGAAUUAGCUUAUAUGUAAAAGUCUUCAGUUUAGUAAUUACGAUAAAAAAAAAGGAUUGUCGAUUUGUAUAUUAAGUUUCCGCUUCUGGAGGAAUUUAUAAUAUAGGCUGCAAGGGUAUACAAGCUGAAAUGGGCACCCUUUACAUACUUAGUCCGAUAGUAUAAUUAUGGGGUAUUCUUUGAACUGUUGUAUUUUGAUAAGCCUAGCUUUGACUUUAACAAUCCAUUUGAAUGAUUUAUUGUACUAACGAAUUAAAACGAAAAAUAUUAGUUUUUAGAAUCAAAGUUACAAAAAUGCUUUGGUCUUACUACGGUUGCCUUCAAAGCCUAGGCGCUGAAAAAUUUCUGAAUUCUUAAAAUGUUUAGUUUGCAGGGAACAGCUCGCAAACAUAAUUUAAAAAGUUCAGUAAAAAUUCAAAUUGUUUGUGUGCACGAAUCUUACUAUGAUUGGCAAUGCCCAAAUCGAAAAUUUGUCAACGAACCAUACAACACGGAAGUACGUGAAGCUAUUUUAGAUAUUAAAUUGGUACUUAAUCUAAAACUAAACCUAUGUUCCACAUUCCCAAUGAAAGGAACCACAAAGAAGGGGCGCAAUUGAUUACUUAUUUAAAUGAUUGGUUAAAAUAUAAAAAUUCUAUAUUUCAAAGAUUUUAACAGUGAACUUGAGCUCGACUUUUAUUUUAGUGCCCCGAGGAGCCAAAGCCACCACAACAAGAGCAUAAAAACAUUGAAACAAUGUUAAUGAUGACAAAAAUUUACAUAUUUUAAAAUGCAUUUUUAUAACGCGUUUAUAUAUACACCCUAACACUGAUUUUCUAGGCUGGCUAGUAUGUUUUUAUCAAAAGGGAGAAGCAAGCACAUAACAUUUUUGAGCUAACUUAUAAAAAGUGCAUUAAUAAAUGGUUAUAUGGAUACAAUAUGCAAAAAAGUUGAAUAACAUAAGAGCAAUUAAUAUUUAUAAAUGUGUAUUCAAAUGUGAACAGUAUGUUGCAUUCUUUUAGAUAAAAUUAUGUGAAUAUGGUAAUUACAAAACAAUAUUUAUAUUAGAGACGAAUGUAACGCAUUUAAAUGGAAAAUAUUUUGUGUAUGCCUAAACUUUCAAAAUUUUGCAAUACAAAAUCACCCACAAAAGGAUUAUAAAAAACCGCCAUUUUUUUUUUCAAAGAUUACAAUUUUUUAGAAGUUACAAUAAUUUUAAUUUUGUUUUUCUGAUAUUAGUUAAUAAAAAAAAACAUUACCAAAAAUUACUUUAAAACAAACUUCGAAUUUGCUGCUAAGUUUUGAAAAACUUUUUUGAAUUUUCUUUUCUUAAAUCUAUUUGUUAAAAACCUUAACACCUUCAUUUUAAGGAUUUGAGAAAAAUAACAAAAUAGUUAAAAAAUGUCAUUACCAUGCUCAGUGGAUCCGACUGCACUCUCAGCGCUGUAGGAACCAUUUUUUUUUAGUAAACUACAGAAUUUAUUAAAAGAAACGAACCUAAAUUGUAGCAAUACUUUUUGAUGAUACUUUUUAAUUAUUGCAUACAUAUUUUUAUAAUUAUAUAUGUAGUGAGCUGAGCCGAAAUAACCUUCGAGACAUUUUGUAGCAAAAAGAAGAACUAAUAGAAACUAUUUUAAUUUUUAGUAUGGCAAAUGUUAAAUAAUAAUUUACACAACUAGGCGGAUAUACAAUUUGCCACCCUGACCCACAAACCAAGCGAGCGAAAUGUACCGAACAAGAUAACUAACUACAUAUGAGUACUCAAACAUACAUAAAAACGAAACGGGAAUAACUAAAUAUUGCUGUUUUAAUUUUCAAAAUAUACCGAUAGGAGCAAGAACAAUUUUUAGGAAUAAUUAAAUUGUUGGUAACUACGUUGAUGAUUGGUGUUUAAGAGAACCGGGAGUGUGAAUGUCUGCGAAAGACUAUGUUUUAAAAGCUUUAAUCUGUUAAACGCAUUGUACAUACUAUCAUGAUACAUGGUCGGGCAGGGCUGUUUAAAAAAAACGUAUUUUUUGAUUUAGUUACUGCAAUACCAUUAAAAUCUGCACCUUGCCGCCAACAUGUCCAUGAAAUUAAUAAUAUUUAUACAGAUAUGACCAUUAUAUAAGCAAAACCAGAAGUAAAUAAUUAAUACGCAACACAAUUUGAGAUGUAUGUAAAUACCAGUACAUUUAUUUUUUAAUUUAUUGUCGAGAUUGUUGCACCGUUUAGAAAAUAAUUAAUAAACUAAUUAUUAAAUAUUUCAAA